UCCACCUAGCUACUUAACUUUAAUCUCAGAUAAAGAAAGAAAAACUCCUGCAAAUAACAUGGUUAGAGCUCCUUAUUUUGAUGCAAAUGGAGUAAAGAAAGGUGCAUGGAGUGAGGAAGAGGAUAAGAUACUCUCGGCUUACGUUGAGAGAUGCGGCAACCCAAAUUGGCGUCAACUCCCAAAGUACGCAGGCUUGGCAAGAUGUGGAAAGAGUUGCAGGCUCCGUUGGAUGAAUUACCUGCGGCCAAAUCUGAAACGAGGGAGCUACACUCAAAAGGAAGAGCAAACAAUCAUGGAUUUACACAAAAAAUAUGGAAACAAAUGGUCUUUGAUUGCUGAAAAACUACCCGGAAGAACAGACAACGAGAUAAAGAACUACUGGCACAGUCACGUGAAGAAAUUGUUAAAGCGCAAUGAGACCACAUCAUCUGAUGCUGCUAGUGCUGAUUCCCACCACAUUUUGGAAAGUACAAUUUCCAUGUCCUCUGAAAUGCCCUGCUACACUGAAAACAACUCCCCUGCUUCUUUUUCCUCUGUUCACACCGAAUCAAACGUGAGCUUUACCAGGGAAGAAGAUGACAUUGCUUCAUGGGGAACAUUGGAUGGAUUGAACAGCAGUUUUUGGACAGAACCAUUUAUUACAGAAAACGCAUUCAAUCAGAAUUACUUUCCAAAUUCAUGCUACGAGGCAGAGGAUACAUUUGUCAUAUGGUAGUGCGCCAUGUAUGGUUUUGCAAAAUGAUCCUAAAAUUUGCAAAAUGUUAAGAGAUAAAAUGUUAACAUAAGCUUCCGAUCUAGCCCAGUUGCGAGACUUGAGGUUGUAUUUAGAUGGAAAACUAAAAUAUCAGAGUGAACAUAUAAAAAACGAAAAUAAAUUAAAAGAAAAAAGGUUGAUAGAUGUGUGUUGUUCCUGUACCUUAUAAAAUUGGAGGAUGUAAAACCCUUCAAUUUUAAUCUUCGAACAAUAGCUCAUGUGAUAAAAGUUGAAAAACAAAGCAUGUGCAUGAGAUCAAUCCUCAGGUCAUUAGCAGCUCUGAUUCUGGUGGAGGCCAGACAAUGGCAUUGCCUAAGUUGUAUGUGGUGAAUCAUAUUAGGGCAAACUGGGAGAAUAUCGUUCUACAAACCCCUAGGGGUAGAACUUAUAGUUGUCUGCUGAAAAGAAGGAAUCCAAGGAAGAUUGAUACUCCAAUCCACAUUGCAAAGGAUUGGUAUCAAUAUGUGAAGGAUCAUGAGUUGAAGUAUAGGGAUGUUGUGCACUUUAGGCCAGUUAGCACUCACAACAAUUUGGUUAAUGUUACCAUUACCCGUGGGCAGCCGUAGUGAGUUUGAUGUUUUGUUGAUUUCCUAUUAAUGUUUUCAGUUUGGACCUUGUAUGUUUUGCCUUUGUUUUGUGCAACUUUUGGACUGGCUUGAUGCCCCUGGCUUGUUAGACCUUUUUGGAUAUGUUUUGUGCAACUUGGUGUUUUAUGGAUAUUAGUUAAUCAAUGACUUUAUAUGUUAUUAAGGUUUCAAUUAUUUACUUAUUAGUAUAUUUCUGUAGUGUAUAAUAUAUGGCAUCUCAAUCAUUCUCUUCGACACAAAGAAGAAAUGGGAUUGCUGAUGGAAGGCUCUGUACUUGCGGCCUUACCCCAGCCCUAAAGACUUCAUGGUCCAGUAGUAAUUAUGGACGAAGAUAUUUUCAAUGUCAUUUGAAGGUAAACAGGGAGUUUUUGUUAUGUAUUCAGUUGACAACAAGGAAUAUAUAACUUAUGAACUUAAAUAUACGCAGGCUUGUGGGUAUUAUGAUUGGCUUGAUCCCCCUGUGCAUGGGCAAGUUGUUGAAGCCCCCAUGACUGCUGCUGUGACUCCUGGUCAAGUUGUUCAAUCCCCCAUGACUGCUGCUGUGACUCCUGGUCAAGUUGAUGAUUGCUUUGAAGGAUUAAAGAGGGCAGAAGCUUUGAUCUCUGACUACAAGAGAAGGGAACAAAUGUAUUUCAUUGUUGUUGUUGUCUCUUUGGUAGUUGCUGUGCUACUUAUUUUGUUUAAGUGAUUUACACAAGCUUUGGAUAUGUAAAACUGUUUUUGAGAAGUGGUCACAUGUAUGUGUACUCUUUUUGAAUUAUUAACUCUUUUAUGAGAAGUGCUCACAUGAGUCCUCUUUUUAAACUUAUCUAAAUUU